UGCGUUGAGGAGUUAGCUGUACUGGGUUGUUGUGAUUUGCGGGAAAAGAUGUUGUCGAAUCGUCCUGUGAAGCUUUUUGAUAUGUCUUCUGAUACCCUGCAGUCUCCUUCUAAUUGUUGGAAUGUUUCCGGUGGAUAUUCUUCGAGCGUCUUGGAUGGUUCCUCUUUGUUCCUUCUGUCGCCCAUCGCUGAGGAAUUUUCUCCCUUGAUGCGUCGGGCUGUCGCUCAGCCUGUGGUUGACUCUUCUAGGUUAUCCUCGGAUGGAUCUUUGCGCCAGCCGCCCGUACCUCCCAGUUUGGGCGAUAUCGACGAUGACUUGUCUGCUGAGCUCUCUGCAGAUGAACUUUUGUCGAAGCUUCUCUCCGAACUUGAUCAGCAGAUGCAGUGGAUGGACAAGUUGGAUGUUAGUCUACAUGAGUCAGACGGCAUCCACCUGGACGACGCUUUUAACCAAUCGCUUUUAGAUUCCUACUAUGUGGGUGUCGCUGAGAUCAACAAUGAGAUCAUGGCGCGGCGACCUACCUUGCAAGCCUUGUGUUCUCAGGCAGAUGUCUUAACGCAGCGGACUGAGGCCAAACUUAAUGUGGAGAACCGGAAAAAACUGGAACUGAAAGCAGCGGAUGCUGGAAGUCGGCUAGAACGGGUAAGAUGUACCUUCUAA